UGGCUGACGUAGCUUCAUGCUGUCGUUUGGCUCCGCAGAUUUCAGUUUAACUACCAGGAAAGCGAAGCAACCACUCUUUUUCCUGCGCGUCACGCUGCAAUAGCCAUCAUGGCGCUCUAUCCCUGGUUCGCUCGUGACUUGAGCUUGAGACCAAUGCCUGACACCAUGCGGCACAUGAUCUCCCUGGGCGACGACGUCUUCAAGCUGCUAGACGAGCCUAGCCGCGCGUUCAUGCGAGAGUCGCAUGCGAUGGCCAACACCGCGGUGGAUGUGAAAGAGACCCCGAUGAGCUAUCAAUUCGUGGCCGACUUGCCCGGACUGGGUCGGGACGAGAUCAAGGUGCAGCUGGAGAAUGGCAACACACUGGUCAUCAGCGGCGAGCGCCAUCGCGAGACGAAGACGGGAGAACCGGGAGAUAAGUAUCACCGCAUAGAGCGGAGCACAGGGAAGUUCAUGCGUCGCUUCACGCUGCCGGAGAAUGCAGAGGUGGACAAAAUUGGCGCGCAGUGCAAGGAUGGCGUCCUCACAGUCACGGGGGGCGAUGAAGGGGCAGUAUUCGUUGCUGCAGCAUGGAGACGAAGGGAGUAUAUUCGGCGCUGCAGCAGGGCAGAGUGUUUUCUGGGUGAACUGCCGCAGGCAGAUGAAGGGGGAAUAGUCGUUGCUGAAGGGGGAUUGAUUCGUCGCUCCAGCGGGGAGAUGAAGGGGGGAAUAUUCGUUGCUGCAGGUGGGGAGAGGGACGAAGGCAGUGGAGACUAACUGUAGUUUCUACUGGAUAGAGUGCAGGGGGGCGAUGAAAGGGGCAGUAUUCCUUGCUGCAGCAUGGAGACGAAGGGAGUAUAUUCGGCGCUGCAGCAGGGCAGAGCAACUAAGACAGUGGAGACGAACUGUAGUUUUUACUGGGUAAACUGCAGCAGGCAGGAGGGGGAGUAUUCGUUUCUGCGGCGGGGAGAUGAAGGGAGAAAAUUCGUUGCUGCAGCGGGGCGAUGGAGGGGGAUUAUUCGAUGCCGCAGCGGGGCGAUGAAGGGGGAGUAUUCGAUGCCGCAGCGGGGAGCUAAAGGGAGAAAAAUCGUUGCUGCAGCAGGGGACAGCGACUAUGGCAGUGGACAAGGAACCUAUUUUUGUUUGUCAGGAGAAGGAAAAGGAGAAGGGGUAACUUCGGCGCAGUCACGAAAACAGUUUGUAAUUGCACUUCAGGCAAUCCCGCGAAUACAACACCCCCCCACCCGAUCCCACCGGACCCAAAACGUAGGUCAUAUACAUUCAGCAUCACCGGCCCUUUUGCCUC